AUGGCGGGUAAUUUAAGGAGAGAGAUUUUAUUAAAGCAUUUUGACAAGAUUGAACAAAUUGUAGAUAAUAUUGACUACACAACAAGUACUAAUGGAAAGGAUAUAACUUCUGGUGAAGGGAAUGACAUAAUUACAGACUUACCUUCCAUUAAAAAUGCUUCUUCUAGACGACAAUCCAGUACAGCCAAUACAGUUGAUCCUAACUUAGAGAAAUGGAGCACCUAUUUUGAAGUUAAUAAACAAAUAACAUUCGAGGAAAGAAACUUCAAAUUUAACAUUUAUUAUACAUUGCCAAAGUCAUUGGAUACAACAUCUAUUCCUAUAUUUGUUUUCCAUCACGGUGCUGGCUCAUCAGGUUUAUCAUUUGCAAAUUUAUCCCAGACUUUACAAGAGAAAUUAAAGGGUCAAUGUGGGUGUUUUUCCUUUGAUUCUAGAGGACAUGGUAAUACGACGGUUAUAGAUCCUGAACAGAAUGUAAGCUAUGAACGUGACAGUUUCAUCGAAGAUUUUAGAACUUUAUUAGAAUAUAUUUAUUCUAAUAUUUUAUCCGCUAUCCCUAAAGAGAAAUUGUCCAUUAUACUAGUGGGUCAUUCGUUAGGAGGAAGUAUAUGUACAUUUACAUUUCCAGUCUUCUCGAUAGAAUUAAGAAAACAUAUAACGGGUAUUACGAUGUUAGAUAUUGUUGAAGAGGCAGCGAAGGAUGCCCUUAAUAAGGUGGACAAUUUCUUAUCGAUGACCCCAAAUGUAUUCUUAUCAUACUCUGAUGCAAUAAAUUGGUAUGUGAGACACGGUCUCUCAAAAAAUAGAACAAGUGCCAAUAUUGCGGUCCCUUCUCUCUUCAGAAAAUUUUCUAGUGGAAAGGUCGUCAGAAUUACAAAUCUUCAGGUAUUUCGACCUUAUUGGAAUACUUGGUUUACUGACUUAUCGCACAGUUUUGUCGCUGUACCAACGUCUAAGAUGUUAAUCUUGGCUGGAAAUGAUAACUUAGAUAAGGAACUAAUAAUUGGACAAAUGCAAGGUAAAUAUCAACUUGUCGUAUUUCAAGAUUCGGGACAUUUCAUACAAGAAGAUGAAACACUCAAGACAGCAUUGACACUGAUCGAUUUUUGGAAACGUAAUGACAAUAAAAAUGUAAUUAUCAAGACUAAUUGGGGAUCAGCUAAAUAA